CCGUGCUUUCGCUUAACUUGGUUCCGUUUUGUUAAAAUGGAGGAAAACUCGAAUUGUAAUGCUAAAGAAAUAGUUUGUCGGUUUUGUCUCUCAAAUAGCGCUCGAUUACAAUGUAUUUUCGAUCAUGAAACUAUUGAUAUUCCAGCUAUUGUGAAAAUGAUCACGAGUUUAGAGGUUUCUAAAAAUGAUCCUUUUUCUAAGGUUGCUUGUAAUCCGUGCAUUGAUAUCAUGAAAUACAUAAUAGAGUUCAGAGAGAAAUGUCUCUCUUCGUUCCAGAAAUCAGAACACAAGCUUCUCGUGUCCAAAGAAUCAUCUGUUUCGAAUGAUUUACAACUGCACGUGGAGUUUGUUAAAUGUGAAACGUCAGGAAAAGACACUGGCUGCAAUAGUUACGAACAAGAGGACACAAUUUCAAAUCGUACGGAUACGGAACAUGAGGAUAAUGGUGAUUCCAUCAAAGUAGACGACCAUAAUAAUCGGAACGAUUGCCAAUGCUCAAUUGAAACUGUAGAAUAUGAUUUUUUUAAAUCUUCUAACCACGAAAAAGCUGGAUGCACAAGCUGCACGAAAUGCGGCGAACAUAUUCCCAGUGGUAAACAAAUGCUAUCCUAUCACAUGAAAAGCGAUCAUGCUGAUGAUGGCGGAUUGCCCAAAAUACGGCAGUGUUUCUACUGCCCCAAAGCAUAUUCCUCAUACCAGCUGCUGAAGUACCAUUUAAACUUUCAUCCACAAAAAAUGUGGCAAUGUCCUCAGUGUGACAAGCGUAUCCACAAUAAGGCCAUCUUCAUUGAUCACCUACGAAUACAUGCAAAUGAACGUUAUUACGUUUGCAAGGAAUGCGGCAAACGAUUUACUGCGUUGAAAUAUCUGUCCUCCCAUAGUCGAUCGCAUAAGCGGAAAAUAGUGAGCGACAAAAUAGCGGACACUUCCCAGGAAAUUUGGGUCCAAUCUGAGCAACUUGCUAUUGACACUGAAUCAAGAAAUUUGCCUCAGAAACAGUCGCAAAUGGAUUCUUUAAAUUCCCUUCAUCAGAAUGUUGAUGAUGCACCAUAUCGGACAAAAACGAAUAUAUCAGAGAUAUACGAAUGUGAACUGUGUGGUAAAAAGCUAAAAACUAAAUCUAAUUAUACUAAUCAUCGUAAAAUGCAUACUCGGAAAGAUAGUAACGGAACGCAAAAUGUCAUACCCGCAACAUGUAGUGAAAUUGUACAGCGAAGGGUGUAUCUUUGCAACAUAUGUGGCCAUAACUGUGGCUCUUCCAGUAAUUUGGGAGUACAUUUGCGACGCCAUAACGGGCAAAGCGUUUGUGAGUGUUCGGUUUGUGGAAAAGGAUUUCCCCGGCGAUCGGAUCUUGUUAUGCAUAUGCGUAAGCAUACGGGUGAAAAACCUUUCAUCUGUACUACUUGUGGGCGUGGAUUUUCGCGGCUAGAUAAGCUACGCAUACAUAUCCGUACACAUACUGGGGAAAAACCGUACAAAUGCCCUUGCGGUCGAGCAUAUUCACAGAAAAAUGAUCUUAAAACACACCAAAAACGUAACAGUUGUGGGCAAAAUUUUGAUAUCGCGAAAUUACAGACUUCGUACCCACGAACGAUUUGCAUAAAAUCACCAAAACACACGCAAGCUGAUGUUGCGAUUGAAUCACAUAGACAACAAGCAAAUGAACGAGCUCUAAAUUCUAUACCGGGAGCAUAUUCAGCUAGUGCGACAUCCUCUGAUAUGUUGGAGACGGAUUCGGUGGUAGAUAUGGUGUUUCCAGUAAAUUGGAAUAAUUGCAUUUCAGUGCAUGAGUUCCAGAGUCAAGAAUAGAUAGUUACGUGAUUCUUUAUCUAUUAAUCAAUCAAAGUUUAUAAAGUGAUAUUAGUUUAUAACAUAACUUAUCCUCAAAACAUUACAAACGUUCCUAGAUGGUUUUUGACAUCUGAAGGGGAAAAAAUGAAAUACAUGGAAACCCCAGUGAAACUUAUUUUAUUUUUCACCAUUUAUUCGGUCAUGUUGGGUUGGCUUCAUGAUCGUUUUCUGCUAGGAACUACCACGAAAUUUACUGCACACGUGCUAUCUUUGUGCAUGCGUAGUUUACCUUAUUAUGUUUACAUCACCCGUUGGUUGGUAAUUACAGCCAAAAAACUAAUUCACGUAGAACAUGCAGAUUCCACAUUCAAUAAUACCGUACACAAUGUAAGUAAACGACUAACGCGCAUCAGAGAGCUAUGCAUAUGUACCGAUGUGUGGUUUGUUUUGUUUGACUGAGCUUGCAAACGAAAAGUCUAUGAGCACAUUUUCACAUAUAAAGCCACCAAGUGUCGCUAAGAUAGUUUAAAAAGUUUCGCUAUAGCUUUGGUUUCAUUCGAUAUUUAUCUGUGCUACCGGUAAGCCGGAAAAUUUUGAACAAUAAACACAAUUCCUAAUGUA